GGAGCGCGCGCAGAGCGGCCUGGAGGCGCACGCGCUGGGGCUCGACACGAACAGUUACUUUAAAGACUUGCCCAAAGCUCACACAGCCCACGAAGGGGCUCUGAACGGUGUAACAUUUUACGUGGGGCUGCAGGCUGAGGACGGGCACUGGACGGGUGAUUAUGGUGGCCCACUCUUCCUCCUGCCAGGCCUCCUGAUCACAUGCCAUGUAGCACGCAUCCCUCUGCCGGCUGGAUACAGGGAGGAGAUGGUGCGGUACCUGUUGUCAGUGCAGCUCCCUGAUGGUGGCUGGGGCCUGCACAUUGAGGACAAAUCCACAGUGUUUGGGACUGCACUCAACUACGUGGCUCUCAGAAUCCUGGGUAUUGGGCCUGAUGAUCCCAACUUGGUACGCGCCCGGAACAUCCUUCACAAAAAAGGUGGUGCUGUAGCCAUCCCCUCCUGGGGGAAGUUUUGGCUGGCUAUCAUGAACGUUUACAGCUGGGAAGGCCUCAACACCCUGUUUCCUGAGAUGUGGCUGUUUCCUUCCUGGAUGCCUGCACACCCCUCCACUCUCUGGUGUCACUGCCGGCAGGUCUACUUGCCCAUGAGCUACUGCUAUGCCACCCGCCUUAGUGCCUCGGAGGACCCACUGGUCCAGAGCCUCCGCCAGGAGCUCUAUGUGGAGGACUAUGCCAGCAUCAACUGGCCAGCACAGAGAAACAACGUCUCUCCUGAUGAGCUGUACACACCACACAGCUGGCUGCUGCGCACGGUGUAUGCACUCCUGAACCUGUAUGAGCGCUUCCAUAGCACCUACCUACGGCGCCGGGCCAUCCGGAUGCUGUAUGAGCACAUCGCUGCUGAUGACCAGUUCACCAAGAGCAUCAGCAUUGGCCCGAUCUCGAAAACCAUCAACAUGCUUGUGCGCUGGGCUGUGGAUGGGCCAGCCUCCUUUGCAUUCCAGGAGCACAUCUCCAGGAUCCCUGAUUACCUCUGGUUGGGCCUUGAUGGUAUGAAAAUGCAGGGCACCAAUGGCUCACAGAUAUGGGACACCUCUUUUGCCAUCCAGGCUCUGCUGGAGGCGGGUGCACACCACAGGCCCGAAUUCCUGUCCUGCCUACAAAAGGCACAUGCGUUCAUGCGGCUCUCGCAGGUCCCAGACAAUCCUCCCAGCUAUCAGAAAUACUACCGACAGCUGAACAAGGGUGGCUUCUGCUUCAGUACCCUGGACUGUGGCUGGAUCGUGGCUGACUGCACAGCGGAGGCUUUGAAGGCUGUCUUGCUCCUGCAGGAAAAGUGUCCCUGUAUCACUGAGCACAUCCCCCGAGAGCGGCUCUGUGAUGCUGUGGCUGUGUUGCUGAACAUGAGGAAUCCUGACGGAGGGUUUGCCACCUAUGAGACCAUGCGGGGGGGCCGCUUGCUGGAAUUGCUUAACCCCUCAGAGGUCUUCGGGGACAUCAUGAUUGACUACACGUAUGUGGAGUGCACCUCAGCAGUGAUGCAGGCACUGAAGUAUUUCCACAAGAAUUACCCAGACCACAGGGCAGCAGAGAUCAAGGAGACCCUGGAGCAGGGCCUGGCAUUCUGCCGGCAGAAGCAGCAGGCUGAUGGCUCCUGGGAGGGCUCCUGGGGUGUUUGUUUCACCUAUGGCACCUGGUUUGGCCUGGAAGCUUUUGCCUGCAUGGGGCACACCUACCAAGAUGGGGCUGCCUGUGCGGAGGUCUCCCAGGCCUGCAACUUCCUGCUGUCCAGGCAGAUGGCUGAUGGAGGCUGGGGGGAGGACUUUGAAUCUUGUGAGCAGCGACGUUAUGUGCAGAGUGCCCAGUCCCAGGUCCACAACACCUGUUGGGCCCUGAUGGGGCUGAUGGCUGUCAGGCAUCCUGAUGUGGAGGCCCAGGAGAGAGGAGUCAGGUGUUUGCUGGAGAAGCAGCUCCCCAAUGGCGACUGGCCUCAGGAGAACAUCUCUGGGGUCUUCAACAAAUCCUGCGCUAUCAGCUAUACGAGCUACAGGAAUGUCUUCCCCAUCUGGACACUUGGCCGCUUUGCCAGUCUGUACCCUGAGAGAGUACUGGCUGGCCAUCCUUGAGAGCUACCUACCAAUGGUGGGUGGGUGGUGGGUGGUGAUUUCUCAUAAGUUCUAUGAAGACAGGUAUCUUGGCCAGGUGGUGGAGCUCUCUGUCACCCUGCCUUGGCCUCCUGUCAUUUUCCCCUUCUGUGGGCAGGAGUCUGGGACCAGGCUUGAACAGCGAUGGGUAUAGUCAGCUUUAGACACUUGAUCAUCAGUGUAGGUUUAGUUCUGAGAUAGCUGGGGUGAAGAGGGAACAAGAUCAAUCUUGACUCCUGAGGCCCAGCACCUUCUGGAGGAUUUUCUUGACCAGUCACUGUCCUUGGGAACAGCUGUGACUGUUGCACUUCUUACCUGGGUUGCUGUGGAGCAACCCUGGGGCAGGCUCAUGCAGGCCACUGCUCCUGCCUCUUUUGUGUGCUGAGCCAAGGGAUGAGCAACAACCUUGUGAUGCUGAUGGGUGAAGGACCAGCUGAAUGUGUGCGAGGUGGGGCCCUUGUUCUCUGUGGAUGCCUGAGAACUUAGCAAGCGCCCUGAGUAUGGGAGGAUCCCACUGUCCUGUGCUUCAGCAUCCUGACAGUUGUCACAUGCAGGGAGCUGUGUGUAGUGGAGCGGAGAGGGGUGGAGUGGUCACAGUGGUUACCACCAUCCUAUGAGCCAGCUAAGCGAGUCUGGAACUCUGUGACCAGGAGAAUGCCAGGGCUCUUUAAGGCUGCCAAGCCCCCUGCCAAUUGUGUGCUGAGCUGAGGUAAGGGCCAGGUUUCUGGGGUAAUGCCUCUUGGGGUACACCCUGAAUCCUGGCUUCUAACCCUUCCUGGUCUGCUUGCAUGCAUGUAGAGUUCAGGAUAGAAAGUUCAGGCCCUGGCUUUGCCUUUGACCUAUGUGAUGAAUGCUUGUGUUCUCAGCCUCCCCAGAGUUGCACCUGUUCUACCUGGCUGAUGCCACUUCCUCAAUUUCCCUGGCCUACCCUGCUUCUUUAGCAGGAAGGCCGUGUUUGACCCUGUCCCCUGCCCAGGACCCUCAGAGCUGUUUCUCUGGGGUUGUUCGGAAAGCUUUGGGCCACCUUCCUUCUGCCAAGCCCUUGGAGCCCUAGCCUUCACGGCCCCAUGUGUGACAGCUCUGGCUGUGCCUCAGGUACAGCCUGCAUUGUUCUCCACACAGACCUUUCAUUCUCUCAUUUGCUUCAGGGCAGACAGAUCCGUCCCAGAAGUGGUUGCUGUCCCCAGGGACUCUGAGCCAUGAUCAGAUCACUGUUAGAGAUAAAUACGGUUAGCUGGAUGAAGAUACACAUCUAUAGUGACAGUGCUCUGGGAGGUGGAGGCAGGAAGAUUGCAAGUUCUAUCCCAGCCUGGCAACUUAGUGAGACCUUGUCUCAAAAAUACA